AUGGAACCCACGGAGACGCUCGGCUGGAAAACCAGGGGUGAGCACGCAUCGGGGGUGAUCUUGUGCCACUGGCUGCUGCUCUCCACAGGCCAGGAAGCUAGGGCCAAGCCCAGGACUGCUGGGAUGGAGUCUGAGGGACCACUGAAGGAUUCUACCCUACCUGCUAAAGAUGACCAAGGCAAGCAGUCCUCGUUCCGCAGGGCUGGCUCAGAAAAGAGACCACUGUCAAAGACCUCUGGAGAGUUAAUGGGUGCUGACACCUGCAGAGGGUGCCUUGACAAAGACCCAGCACCAGCUGCAUGUAGUCCCCAGCCCGAGGAAGACCUUUCUUCUCUCCCAGAGAGAAAGGUAAAGAGAGCAAGGACAUCCAUUUCUGCAGUCCUUGGUAAGCACAGGAAUCCUAACACCAUGGGCUUGGUGUUGACCAGUCAAGCAGAGGACCUGAAGGAGUCCCGAGAAGUGACCUGUCCAUUUCAGAAAAAGACUCGAACCCUGUACCGCUCAGACCAGUUGGAGGAGCUGGAACGGAUAUUCCAGGAAGACCACUAUCCGGACAGUGACAAGCGUCGCGAGAUUGCCCAGAUGUUGGGGGUCACCUCCCAACGCAUCAUGGUGUGGUUUCAGAACCGUCGGGCCAAGUGGCGAAAAGUGGAGAAGCUGAGCGAGAAGGGGAACAGGGAUGGCCCUGCAGCCCCCAGUGCUGACGGCAGUCAACACAGGUCUGUGCCUGAGCUCCUACCUCCUACACCUGCAGAUCUAGACCCUGGCCCUGUUCCUCCGGAGCACAUUUUGGAUGGCUUUCCAGAGUCCCACAUGCUGCUGACUUCUGACCAGACUCUGGCCCCCUCUCAGCACAGUGAGGGUGUUCAGAGGGUAGCAGUGACCCCACCACUCUUCAGCCCCCCACCACUUCAAAGGACCAACCUUCCUCUUCCUAUUGAUCCUAUCCAACCCCCCCAAGUGAUGCCUCCACUGAGGGAUGUUCCUGGAAGUAACAGUAUACACAAGGACAGCCCCUGUGGGUCCUGGGACACCAGCAUCACCUCAUCAUCCGCCUGCUCAACUUUGGAAUACCUGGGGCCUCAGGAUUACCCAGCAAGCAGCCAGUUGGGUUCAUUCCCAUUCUCCCAGGCCCCACAGACUCCCCUCUUCCCACCCUUUCAGUCCCAGUUUCCUUACCUGCCCCCCUUCCUGCUCCCCACCCCAAGCUUUCUGCCACCAGAAGACUCUCUCUUUUCCUUUCCUUUCGGCCUCAGUGGGGACUCGUCACAGGAUUACUGCCCUGGGCUCUCACCAGGUCAGCACUGGCUACAGCCACAUGUUGGAAAUAUGGGUCCAGGGCCCUGGGGUGGCCAUUGCUUGCCAGAACCUCCCUUCCUGAGUCCACAAUACCCACACACUCUGGGACACCCCCUGGGGAUAGAGGGCUACUUUCCAGACCUGCUUCCGGCUCCAUGUGCUCAGACUAUGAGCAAGCAGCCUUCAUUAGGACUCAAUGGGCUUCCUAAAGGCACUAAAGGACCAGAGACAGUGUCCUCACUAAGCAAAAUGCCAGGGGAGCAGAUUGCCUCUUCUCUUGAGCAACCUGCACCAGAGGAGGUAAAGGACAAAACUAAGAGUAACCAUGCCACAGGGACUAAAGAGUGAAGAAAAGGUCUUGUAAGGGGCUGUGGCGAAGAACAGCAUUGAGGCACUUGUGCAAAGAACAGGAUUUAAAGAUUUGAAAGGCUACGGACUGGCCCAAGGUCUUUAAGAAGGAAGAGAGCUGGCAUCUUUUUCCCCUUUUCCCCUUUACCCCUUAGGAGUUCUGAAGAGAAUCGGGCCAUGCUGACUGUAAAUGAUACAUCACUUUCUGUGCUUUUAGUUCCUUCCUAGACAUUUGAGUUAGUGUUCAGUGUAUGCAAUAAAACAGUAACUACUGGGUGUUUUUUUCUGUGAAUGAAGAGCUGUGUUUCUGACUACUUGUCUGGGUGCUUGUUAGAUGUAACCCUCAAGAGAGGUCCCCACUGGGUA